AUGAAAGCUAUCCUGUCUGGUUCCACGGGGUUCAUUGGGGGUGAAAUCCUCAACCAAGCUCUUACACAUCCUUCUAUCACCUCUCUCGUCUGUAUCACUCGAAAGCCCCUUCCAGAAGCGGUGGCAAACAAUCCCAAAGUCAAGGUCGUAAUCAUUAAAGACUUCCUUUCGUACCCGCCUGAGACAAGGGCCCUUGGAUCCCCUGCUCACAAAAAUCCAAAUCUCGAGGACUGCAAAAAGAUUGAGAUUGGAUACACACAUGCAGCAGCUGAAACAUUUUCCAAAUCUCUUGUUCCAUCACUGAAGAGUCAAGGCAAGAGCUUUCGUUUUGUGUACUUAAGUGGCAAGAUGGCCGAACGAGACACAGACAAGAAGUUGUGGUUUAUGCAUAAUGCAAGAUCUAUCAAGGGACAAGUAGAGAACGGUCUUCUUGCGAUUCAAGAGAAAGAGCCGGGCUUUGAGGUCUCCGUUGCACGACCAGGAGGCGUACUUGCAAAGGAUAGCAUCAUUCCAAGUAUCUUGGUCGGAAUCACCAUGUCGAUAAAGGUCGACGAGCUGGCUGCUGCUAUGAUCUCAGAAGCUACAGCGAACAGCAAAGGGACGAGGACGCUGGAAUGCGAUGCUUUAAGGAAGAAGGGUAAUGAAAUCUUGAAGGGAAAUUGAUUGGAAGACAUUGGGUAAUUUUGUACAAUAUUCAAGG